CACACAGUUUAAGCAAUAGUGCAAUUAUUCAUGAGACAAAUAUCCAGGAGGAGGAGAUCAGAGAAAAACGCUGUCGUUCGAUCUCUUUUUACGGCAACAGCGGAGAGGGAAGGUGCGGAUAAAUAAAGCAGGAGACUACCGGCAUUCCACAGGAACAAAAUGGGAAAGGAAAAGAUCCACAUCAGCAUUGUGGUCAUCGGCCAUGUCGACUCUGGUAAGUCCACCUCCACCGGUCACCUGAUCUAUAAGUGCGGAGGCAUCGACAAGAGAACCAUCGAGAAGUUCGAGAAGGAAGCCGCUGAGAUGGGCAAGGGCUCCUUCAAGUACGCCUGGGUGCUGGACAAACUGAAGGCCGAGCGUGAGCGUGGUAUCACCAUCGACAUCGCUCUGUGGAAGUUUGAGACAACUAAGUACUACGUGACCAUCAUUGAUGCCCCUGGACACAGAGACUUCAUCAAGAACAUGAUCACCGGUACCUCACAGGCUGACUGCGCCGUGCUGAUCGUCGCUGCUGGUGUCGGUGAGUUUGAGGCUGGUAUCUCCAAGAACGGCCAGACCCGCGAGCACGCCCUGCUGGCCUACACUCUGGGUGUGAAGCAGCUCAUCGUUGGAGUCAACAAGAUGGACUCCACCGAUCCCCCUUACAGUCAGAACCGUUUCGAGGAAAUCACCAAGGAAGUGGGUGCCUUCAUCAAGAAGACCGGCUACAACACCAAAGCUGUUGCCUUUGUCCCCAUCUCUGGGUGGCACGGAGACAACAUGCUUGAACCCAGUGAGAAGAUGGGCUGGUUCAAGGGGUGGGCGGUCGCGCGUAACGAGGGCAAUGCCAGUGGAAAGACACUGUUUGAGGCUCUGGACUCCAUCCUGUCCCCCACCCGCCCCACCAGCAAGCCCCUCCGUCUGCCCCUGCAGGACGUCUACAAGAUUAGCGGUAUUGGAACUGUCCCCGUCGGCCGUGUUGAGACCGGCAUCCUGAAGCCCGGUACGAUCAUCACCUUUGCUCCCACCUGCCUGUGCACUGAGGUGAAGUCUGUGGAGAUGCACCACGAGUGUCUGACCGAAGCUCUCCCCGGUGACAACGUCGGCUUCAACGUCAAGAACGUGUCCGUCAAGGACAUCAAACGUGGAUUCGUGGCUGGCGACAGCAAGAACGACCCACCCAAGGGAGCUUCCUGCUUCAAUGCCCAGGUCAUCGUCCUGAACCACCCCGGCCAGAUCGGCAAUGGUUAUUCCCCCGUGCUGGACUGCCACACCGCUCACAUCGCCUGCAAAUUCAGCGAGCUCAAGGAGAAGAUCGACCGUCGUUCUGGCAAGAAGAUUGAGGACAACCCCAAGUUUGUGAAGUCUGGAGACGCCGCCAUUGUCACACUGGUCCCAUCAAAGCCCAUGUGUGUUGAAUCCUUCUCAGAAUAUCCUCCACUGGGUCGCUUUGCUGUGCGUGACAUGAAGCAGACCGUGGCCGUUGGUGUCAUUAAGUCCGUUGAGAAGGUCGAGGUCGGUGGAAAGGUCACCAAGUCUGCAGUGAAGGCCGGCAAGAAAUGAAUUGUCAUGCAGGACGUCCAACAAAAGGUCACGUCUCAGCAGCCUUCCCCUCUUCAUCCCAACGCCGUCUUCUGGCUUGUGAUGAUUAAAAGCCAUUGGAAAAGUUUCCGCCGGAAAGGAAGGCUUGUGCCUUUUAGGGAAAACUAUUAUAAAAAAUUCGGUUGAAAGCAAAAUAAUAAAAAUCUCAAACAUGCC